UGUUUUAUUGACAUCUAGAUAAAUUGAACCGAUAAAGCAAAGAGAUGAAGUCAUCGGGAUGUGGAGUCGACCCGCGUUCCGGUGACGCUAGCGUGAAAACCUCAAAAAAGAGACCCUACUUCUCGGCUCUUAUGCUGGUCGUGGGCCUGACGGGAGUGAAAAUGCUUUGCAUGCCUCUAUAUCGUUCUACGGACUUCGAAGUUCACCGGAACUGGAUGGCGAUCACACAUUCUUUGCCCAUUUCCGAGUGGUAUCGCGAAAACCGAUCCGAGUGGACACUGGAUUACCCGCCGUUGUUCGCGUGGUUUGAGUACGGAUUGAGUGUUCCUGCGAAGAUGGUGGAUGAGAAGAUGGUGGACGUGGAUGCUAUGAAUCACGCGUCCAAUAGUACUGUGGCGUUCAUGCGCGGCUCUGUGAUGGCGACUGACGUGUUGUUCGCGGUUGGCGCGUUUUUUUGUGCUGUGGCUGCUGUGCCUAUGAGUUCUCUUGGCUUCUCUGAAUCUGUGAUGAUGACCACUGCCUUGUUGUUCGCCGACGUGAAUCUGUUCAUUGUGGAUCAUCUGCAUUUUCAGUACAACGGGUUUUUGAACGGAGUUCUAUUCCUGUCAAUUUAUUGCUUGAUGAGUGGGAAGCCGUUUUGGGGAGCAUUCCUUUUCGCCGUUUUGCUGAAUUUGAAACACAUUUACCUGUACAUUGCUCCUGCAUUUUUUUGCUAUUUGUUGCGAACGGAAUGCUUCGCAUCGCCGGUGAAACGCUCUGCAAAGACGAAGAACACUAAAGAGAAGUCGGAUGAGCCCGAUUCCUUUGUGAGAUUUUUGAAAUCUUUCAACGUGGAGGCGUUUCUCACACUGGGACUUAUCGUGUCCAGUGUUUUUGCUGUGUCUCUCGGUCCUUUUUUUGCUACUGGACAGGGUGAACAACUGAAGGAAAGGUUAUUUCCCUUCAAGCGUGGACUGACGCAUGCCUAUUGGGCGCCUAAUUUCUGGGCAUUGUAUAACACUGUGGACAAAGCUGUUUCUUGGCAUGAGCAGCACUUCCAAUCACUAAUGAGCGAGAAACCUGAAAUGUCGUUAAAUUUUCCUGCUUGGAAUCCUGGAAGAUCUGCAAAAAGACAUCCAUCAAGCCAAGCAAAGCGAAUGAAAAGCCGGGAAAAUCCUCGAUCGAGCUACAAUGCCUUGACGCGUUGGUUCCAGUUUCUAAUUGGUGUUAGCAAACUCCACGAAGCCCAUUUAUGUUCAGACGACGACCUGUCCUCAGAACCCGAAGAAGAAUCGCAUGAAAAGUUGUCUUCUUCCACCAGCGGGCUCGUCGAAGAAUUCGAUCACGAAUUCCUACCUUCUGUAACUCCAGCGACGACUUUCGCACUCACUGCUCCGUUCAUCCUCAUUGCCUUGAUACCUGUUUUGAAGGACCCGGUUUGGCCAAAGUUCGUUGAAUCAGUGGUUUUAUGCGCUUGGGCCUCGUUUCUAUUCGGCUGGCACGUGCACGAGAAAGCCAUUUUGAUGAUCACGCUCCCGAUGGCAUUACUCGCAGCGGGGAAUUCGCGAGCAGCGAAGAUUUACUGGUUUCUGAAUGCCAUAGCGACGUUGUCCUUGUUUCCGUUGCUUUUCACACCUAUGGAGAACGUGUUGAAGUUCUUUUUGUGGGGUGUGAGUGUGUCGAUGAAUUACGUGAUCUUGGAGGAAAUCCAUGGCUGGGGACGCUGCGAUGAAGCCGGGAAGAAACGCUGGGAGUGGAGCGACGUUUUUGAUUUUGCGUUCCUUUUGGGUGCUGUGGGGGUUGCGUUUUAUUACUCGUUGUUGCACGGGUAUCUAUUCGAAGACCGGAUGGAGUUUUUGCCGUUGAUGCUGGUCUCAGCGUAUUGUGCCGUCGGAGUGAUUUAUUCCUACAUUCGGUUUCUGAUCUUCGCGCUCUGGUGAAGCGUGAUGUGAUACAUGAAUAUGGUUGGAGUUUUAUUUUUGCUGUGAGACACCCCUGUUUUGGUUCAAAAGUGUGUAUUUUUCGAAUCCUGU